AUGUGUGCAUAUGAAACACAGCAUCGAGUUCUUAUACGCGACUCAGAGGAGAUUUCUCAGACAACGUUUGUUAAUCCAUGUGCAGCUUUGUCAUAUUUGAUUGAUCCGACUAUUCUUUCUUAUGGUUUAAUGCUGUCCGUUGGAUAUGUGUCUAUAAAUUGGUCCUUUCUACUGCUCCCAAUAGAACUUUCUAAGUCACCAUAUUCGUAUCCAACAAAUGAUGUGGGAUUGUUAACUGCUCUAACCAGUAGUGGUGUCUCGUUAGGUUCUUUCUGUGGUGGUAUGUUAACCGAUGUAGCUGCUACGAAAUGGGCUUCAAUUUCAAGAAUUACAGAAGGCCUAACCAUUCCAGGACUCAUCUGUUCUAUUUUCAUAGUGUCUGACCUGACUAUUUUCGGAUGGUCACUUCAAUAUCAUCUCAAUGCUGCUCUGCUCAUUCUCAGCGCCAUUUUCUUUUCCUUUGGACAUGCGAACAGCCAUGCGACCAGGAGUGAUGUCAUACUUUACUAUCAAAUACCUACAGCAUUCAGGUGUGAUUAUCUCAGUGAAUACUUUCCUACAGCAAUUAAUGGCAUCAGCUGGCGAAAAUAUCGUUCGUUAUCCAAUCUGGAAAGACGGAUGCUCCUUUGA